GUUUUCAAUUUUCUUAUCUUAUCAAUUAAUCAAUUGAUUUGAUUUUCAUUUAUUUUUCCAAGUUUUCCGAUUUCCGGUGAUUUGAUUGAAUUGAGGUGAGCUGAUACUUCCAAUCAACUGUUUCACUUCCCUUGUUGAAAGUUGCAUAAUAUGUUUUAACGAAGUGAAUCAAGUCAUAAUGACGAUUAAGAAAGUAUUAAUUGAUCUAAGUGGUACUCUUCACAUCGAAGAUUAUGCCAUCCCAGGAGCAGUCGAAGCCCUGAAAAAACUUCGAAACGCCAAAGUAGAAAUAAAAUUCGUAACCAACACCACCAAAGAAAGUCGCCGGAUAUUAUACGAACGAUUGAAGAAGCUCGGUUUUGAGCUAAACAUCGAUGAAAUAUGGAGUUCAUUAUGGGCAGCUCGAAGUUUAAUCUCAGAUCAAAAGCUUGCUCCACUGUUACUGGUCGAUAAUCACGCCCUCGAAGACUUUUCUGAAGUUAGCACGAGUGAACGAAAACACGAUUCUGUAGUCAUUGGUUUAGCACCGGAACAUUUCCAUUACGAUAAAUUAAACGAAGCGUUCAGAUUAUUGAAAUCCGGCGCUAAACUCAUAGCCAUUCAUCAAGCUCGUUAUUAUAAGUCACCAUCAGGAUUAUCUCUGGGUCCGGGCUUGUUUGUUAAAGGAUUAGAAUACGCUGCUGAUUGCAAAGCUUUCGUUGUUGGAAAACCCAGCGCUGAUUUUUUUAAAGCUGCUUUAGGAGAUACGGAUACCUCUGAGGCUGUCAUGAUCGGUGACGACGCUCGAGACGAUAUUGGUGGAGCUCAGGCUAUUGGUAUAAAAGGGAUAUUAGUAAAAACAGGAAAAUACAAGGAAGGAGAUGAAAAGCUAAUUGAUCCCCAUCCUGCGUAUACUGUUGAUGAUUUUCCCAAGGCUGUUGAUGUCAUAUUAAAUAAUUUGUAAAAUUUAUAAACUAAAAUUGUUACUGUUACCAUUUUUUGCAAUGCCCAUUUCUAUUCAUAUUUUUAUCGUAGAACGUUCAUAAAUGUAAAUGUAUUUUCAUUGUCACAUAGAAUGUAGUUCAUGGUCUUAAAUUUUAGAUUUUUUGUAUACGAGUAAAGAUUUUUAUAAAUUGAAA